CAUCUCUCCAGCAGCGGACCUCGAGGACUUGUGAGACCCCAUCGACGCGCAACAGACGGGGCUCACUUCACGCACGUGCAGCGGGACCGUACAGUGCGCCGGGGCAACUUUGACGCACGUCGUUACGCACGGCGCCGGCUUUUUGCGCAAAAGCGCGACUGUGACGCCGUCUUGGAAUAAACUAAGGGGAUUCUAAGCAAAUUAAAAGACAGCCACAACAGGCUCAAUAGACGGUUUAAGGAUUUUUGUUUUUCUCUCCCCACCAGAGAUUAUCGCCCUUGUGUCAAUGAUGACCCCCACAUGCAGAACGGGACUCCCUCCUCUCGCCGUGUAAUCGCACAGCUGUACUUGUAGAACCGACGCCUGUUACCUGACUCCUCGUUUCACGCAGAGAUGGAUCUGUGGGGAGUUUAUCUGUUCCAUCUCUUAACUUUGGCCCUGUUGGAGGUGAUACUGGCCGACAGAGACUGCUUGGUGGCAGGUGACUCGUGCUCGAGCGACGAGACGUGUAGUCCACGCCUGCGGACUUUGCGUCAGUGUGUGGCGGGUAACGGCAACAUGAAGCUGGGCCCCGGUGCCAAAAGCCAGUGUGCCAACGCAGUGUCCGCCCUACUGUCCAGCCCCUUGCAUGGCUGCCAGUGUAGACGAGGGAUGAAGAAGGAGAAGAACUGCCUGAGCAUCUACUGGAGCCUUCAUCAGGCUUUCGUUCACGGACUCAACCUGGUCGAGCGUUAUCCCUAUGAGACCGUGCAGAGGGAUUACGACUAUGUCCGCUUGGCCUCAAUUACAGCUGACUCAGAUGUUGGCAUGACAACUGUGAAUCGCUGCCUUGAUGCAGCCAAGGCUUGCAACGUGGACGACUUGUGCCAGAAGCUCCGCACGGAAUAUGUCUCCGCUUGUAUCAAACCCACUGCGAAGUCGGGCCUGUGCAAUCGGCCUAAGUGCAACAAGGCUCUGCGCAGGUUCUUCGACCGCGUCCCCGCCGACUAUACACACGAGCUGCUCUUCUGCCCCUGUACGGACACGGCAUGCGCAGAGCGUCGGAGGCAGACCAUUGUGCCCAGCUGCUCUUAUGAAAGCCUGGAGAAACCCAACUGCAUCGCACAGAUGAAGAUCUGCAAAGCUGACUACGUCUGCAGGUCUCGUCUGGCACAGUUUCAGUACGACUGCGAACCCUCCGAAACGUCUGCGAGUGGCUGCAAGCAAGGAAACUAUGGAGCCUGCCUUCUCGCCUACACGGGGCUCAUAGGAAGUACGAUUACUCCCAACUAUGUUGACAACUCCACAUCCAGCGUGGCUCCGUGGUGCUCCUGCUCAGCCAGCGGGAGCCAGAGAGAGGAGUGUGACAACUUCCUGGGGUCCUUCGCCAGCAACAUCUGUCUCCGGAAUUCUCUCUUGGCGUUUGGAAGCGAAUCAGACCAGCAGCCGACACUCAGCCAGCCCAGUGCACCCAGCCCCGGCCACAGCAUCAGAGAGAACAGGAGCGUCACUGCUCCACCAGAAACCUUAGAAACUGUGGGGAACCUUCUGGAUACAAUCAUACCAACACAGGCUCUGGGAAAUGAACUGCUGGUGGGCCAGUCCACCCUGGCGUCCAACAGCCUCCCAAACUCUGCUACGCCUCCCUGCCUAAUGCUUCAAGCUGCCUUCGGCCUUCUGUUGUUUCUUCAUCUGCUAAACAAUGGACUCUAAAGACAGCAGAGGAACGGUCAGAGGACCCUCCUUGUACCGAGCAGACGGGAGGACCAUUGCAGUUCAGAAGAAAACGGACCGCGUGCCAUUACUCCUCCCUCUACAUAUGUACAGCAGUUCUUGUUUUUCUAUUUUCGUGUCUCAGUGGUCCAGUUCCGCCUGCUAGGGUUCCCGCUCAAGAGUGAGCGCGAUCGAAAGCCAGUCUGUACAUUUGUACAUUGCCAUUGCGAUCAAGUCGAGCCAAAAUGAAGUCAGAGUACCGCUUUUGUGGACUAACCCAGCUCUCAGCCAUCCAACAGUAUCCAUUUCCAAGAGUCAUUAUAUAAAAACUGAAGCAGUUAUGUAUGAUACAAAGACUGGAGAAUGGAACAUGUCGGUAACGGUGAAGGUUUGUAUUAUCAAUAGAAGCUCUUAUUUGAACUACUGUAACAGAAAGUGGAGUAAACAAAGUCUGAUCUCGACCUGACUUCAAAGUGAUUAGAGAGCUGCUGGUGUAUAUGGGGCUUUAAUGCCACUCUCCUCAAGAAACUGAAGGGCCAUUAUGUCUGAUCGAUACUGGAUGAGUGGAGUGACAGAGAGACAAUAGAGCAACAAUUUGCUCCGAUAUCCCAGACAAGGGCCCUGAUUCUAAAAUGCACCGCAGCACAGAGAGUAUGUAAGAUCAACCCUGACAAAGUGAUCGUCCUCUCCAUCAAACUGUUCUACCUUUGUCAAACUCUCUCGCAUCUCUUUAUUUGUUAUUGCUAAAGAUACAGUAGCCGUUCAUAGAAGGCACAUGUCCGUGGUCUUCAUCAGCAAAGACAAGUUCUUGGACUUAAGCAGAAAAGCAGUAACUCUUAACCUGUAGCUGCUGUACUAUGUGUUUGUGAACAUGAUACCCUUUUAUUUCUCAUUGUGUAUAUGAAUAUUGUUAAAAUGGGGCUCUUGAGUUUUUGUUCCAGAGAGGACAGUGACGGUUUUGGCGCACUGAGUGUGGCCACCAACAGUGCAGAGCCUAUUUGAGAUCAGACCGUUAUGAAUGAUACAGUCUUUUCUGUUCUGCAAACAUUCUGAAUUCUGAACAGGACCAGAGGUGCAGCAAAUAAAAGUUCUCAGACCA